AUGGGGGAGGGUUCCGUUUUUUUCCCUCUAUUUUUUCACUUUCCUGCUUUUUUAAGAGGAGUGAGGUCCGGGGGGGGGGAUAGAGGCACCACGUCUGCAGAGGCAGGAGGGAGAGACGCGCAGCUGGCGCGGGACCGAGAGCGGAACGAAGAGCGGAACGAAGAGCGGAGCGCAGUGGUGGAGGAGCGCGCGCGCCGCAAUCUCUGCGCACAAACAGAGUGUCAGAAGUGCUGCUUUGCGCUUGAAAGAGUCUCCGAGCAAAUCUUCUUGCGUUUUGAAUGAGAAAAUCGUGUUUUUGACAGUUAAUCUGCAGACAGAAACAAAGCAAAACAGUUUUUAUCUUUACUCCUCUGGUUUAGUUCAGCUUUUUAAACGCGUAACUUUGGGAAUCUUCUCUUCUGUGUCUCGGAUCGUCUCGUGACGUUCGCGCAGAAUUGGGGAAGAAGAGCGAGUUGAGGAACCGUCCGAAGGAGGGACACCGAGCCGCAGGCGCAGCGCUUUUCUUUCGCUCGCGUUUUUUUUCUUUGUGCGCGUCGCGUGCGGAGCGAUGGUGCCCCGGCUCUCGGCGCUCGUGCCUGUGCUCGCGCUGGCGUGCGCCUGGUGCGCGCGGCCAGCGGCUUCGCUGCAGGACAUCAAGCCGGAGGUCUGGCUCCAGCAGUACGGCUACCUGCCCCCAGGCGAUGUUCGUGCUCAGUCCCUCCGCUCGCCGCAGUCCAUCACUCAAGCCAUUGCUGAAAUGCAGAAGUUCUACGGGUUGACCGUCACUGGGUCUAUGGACAAAGAUACCUUGGCGGCGAUGAAGCGACCACGAUGCGGUGUUCCUGACAAGUUUGGAUCUGAGCUGAAGAGCAAUUUGAGGAGGAAACGCUACGUCCUCCAGGGACUGAAGUGGGACAAGAGGGAGAUCACUUUCAGCAUACAGAACUACACCCCAAAAGUAGGCGAGACUGAGACCUUCCGGGCCAUCCGACAUGCCUUCAAGGUGUGGGAAAGUGUGACGCCGCUGCGCUUCCGUGAGAUCCCCUACAGCCAUAUCCGGGACAAGCCAGCCAAGUUUGCCGACAUCAUGCUGUUCUUUGGCGAGGGAUUCCAUGGCGACAGCACCCCCUUUGAUGGAGAAGGGGGCUUCCUGGCACAUGCGUACUUCCCAGGCCCAGGCAUUGGGGGUGACACACACUUUGAUGCCGCAGAGCCGUGGACCUCUGGCACUACCGACCAAGGAGGGAAUGACAUCUUCCUGGUGGCUGUGCAUGAGCUGGGUCACGCCCUGGGCCUGGAGCACUCGGGCGACCCCAACGCCAUCAUGGCUCCCUUCUACCAGUGGAUGGACACGGAGAACUUUAUUCUGCCGCAAGACGACCGUCGGGGCAUCCAGCAGAUCUACGGGUCAGGUGGUGCACCUCCACCCCCACCUUCUCCCACACGACCCCCCAGGAAGCCAGACCAACCCUCCCAUGGCCCAAGUAUCUGCGAAGGUCACUUCGACACCAUUGCCAUCUUAAGGGGAGAGAUGUUUGUCUUUAAGGACAAAUGGCUAUGGCGGGUGCACAAUAACCGUGUUCUGGAAGGGUACCCCAUGCCCAUCUCACACUUCUGGAAUGGGUUACCAGCAUCCAUCAACGCCGCAUAUGAGAGGGCUGAUGGGAAAUUUGUCUUCUUCAAGGGGGACAGACACUGGGUGUACAGCGAGUCCACCUUGGAACCUGGCUACCCCAAGGGGCUCAGGGAGCUGGGAAGUGGUCUGCCCAAGGACAGGCUGGAUGCCGCCCUCUAUUACACCCCCACCGGAAUGACUUACUUCUUCAGGGGGACUAAGUACUACCGCUUCAACGAGAACACGCGGUCUGUGGACCCAGAGUACCCCAAGCCCAUUAGCGUGUGGAAGGGCAUUCCCGAGAAUCCCAAGUCUGCCAUCAUGAGCAAGGAUGGAGCAUACACUUACUUCUACAAGGCCAACAAAUACUGGAAGUUCGACAAUCAGCAGCUGAGGGUGGAACCGGGCUUCCCCAAGUCGGCGCUGCGCGACUGGAUGGGUUGCUCCGAGGAAGAGCCCCGGAGGGGGGGCACAGAUGAAGAGGUGAUCAUCGUGGAGGAGAAGAGCGGGGCCGGGGCCGGGCCGGUGGCUGUCGUGGUGCCCCUCGUGCUGCUGGCGUGCGUGAUCUGCGCCCUGGGGGCGCUGCUGUUCUUCCACAGGUACGGCACGCCCCGGCGCCUGCUCUACUGCCAGAGAUCCCUGCUGGACAAGGUGUAGGGAGCCCCUAGGGGGUGGAGGGCGGGGGGGCGGGCGAGGAAAGAGGGACGAGGGCAGAGAGGAGACACUCGGAAAGGCGGAGGACGGCGGGUUGGACGUGUGCGGAUUCCCAGGAGGGAAAGCGGGGGAUGAUACACGAGACAGACGUUUACUGCUACAUAGCCGUGGAAUUCGAGGGGAAGAGAGAGGAGCGAGAGAUCGGGAAGUGUAUUGUGUAUUUUUAAUAUCUGUAUGUACAGUUCUGUAGCAUUAGAACAGAAGAGAUCAGUGCAGCUAAGGGAGAGGGCGGCGCUCGCGAGCAUUAUCGUAACCUCACCGCUCACCGCGGCUGUUCUCAACAACAACAAAAAAAAUCCGGUUUUAAAAAAGGCAAAUAAACAGAAAUGCUCUGGUGCAUCUCGAAUGAGCCGCCAGUGUUCCUCUUUAUCCCUCCUUCUCCAUUGCCCCUUCCCCCAGCCCCCAGCCCCUCUCCCGCCUCUGCUCUUGGUUGAUGACUCCAGCUCAAUUGCUGUUGGUUUAGCUUUUUUCACAUUUUUAUUAUUGUUGGUUUUGGUUUCCUGGAAUUCAGGCCAGAGCAACAGCUCAUCCCACACCCCUUCGCCUCACAUUCCUCUCCUCCGGGACACCGGGACCGUUCCUGGUCUGGGGGUGGGCGUCCGCCACCCCGCACCCCGUCUGGGUCCCUUAAGGACCAGGACGGCAGUUAGACUUGAGACUCAGAUGCUGUAGUUGUACUUAGGGGGAGAAAAAAAAGGCUGGUUGGAACCUUACAGUGCAGUGCAGUGCAGCAAUACCUCAGCACAGCAGAGCAGAGUUACACUCUUAGCCAUUUACCACAGUAAAGCACAGUUCAGCAGAGGGGAGCAGAGUAUGGCAAACUCAUCAGAGUGUCAGGUAGAGUAGCUCACUUUGAAGGCAUGUACCACAGCAAAGCUAACUUCAGAUCAAAUAAGUAAAUCAAAUACAUUCAAAUCAAAUAAAGAACACGUCCCAGUACGGUAAAGCAAGGGAAAACAUCACAUUUCAGCAGAAAUGCAAAUCGGUGUAGUACUUACAGUGUAAUCACAGUACAUCUCAUUGCAGAGGGUGAUAUAUUAGAGUAAAAUGCAGUUUAAAUACCGGCGCAGUGUAACUUACCUGGUGCAGCAGUAUCGUGUAAUGAGGGACAGUCCAGGGCAGUUGUGGAUCCAUCAUUUAAUGUAAAGUUUACUAGGGUGCAGAAUAAAGCUGACGUCGCAGUGAAGUAUAAUUUCCUCCAUCACUCGUGGCUGUGAGUGGCUGAUCAUACCUGCAGGAUGAGGAAGGAGUCUUUUUAGGAGACUCUUUUUAUUGGUCUUGACAAUGACUCUUAGCAGCUGUUGGAAGCUGCACAUGUGUGGAGCCUGGGUAGCGUUCGUGGAAAAACACAGCAGUGAGUUUUGUGGUGGCCAGAUGUGAACUUCCUGAACAUCUGUAAGAGGGACUUAACAUUUAGUCUGGUCCUGGUUGGGCUUUUACAUUUUUAAAAAAUUUUUGCAGCACAACAUAGUGAUAUGUACCGUCCAGCUAUGCUAUAUAGGGUCCCAUAGGGCUUCAUGUUGGACUGUAGAGUUCUGGGGCCAUCAGUCCUGCCUCUGGUCCUCCCACCACUCUACUGAAGCUCAAGUCAAAGACAAUCAUGCAGGAACAUCUCAUG